CGAAAUUGAGAUGCAAUACAAAGUCUUGAGGCUAUACCAAUUUACAGCAUAAACUUCAUACUUUGGUUCAUAUGAUUUGCAUCCCCAUGCUUGUGGCGAAUUUAUGUCGAAACAAUUCUGCCUUUUCUCUUUUAAGUUUUUCGUUGAAGUAGUAAAAGGAUUUUAUUAGAAUUACGACUCAUGCUUUCUUUUGGAAGUUGAGUAGUAGAUAUUGUAACCACGAUUGUGUCCAUUAACCUCCCUGAUAAUAAAAGUAAUUGCUGAUAUUACUAAGGAAAAAUAGUAAUACAUGCAUAGUUGCUUGAGCACAUUAAAACUGGAGUGGUGCUAGACAUGUGAUCUUAUGUUUAACUAUGUUGCUCGAAAGAGUUAAAGACAUAUGUUAAAGUACUUGCAUUGUUAUGUAAUUUGAUAGUUUGCUCCUUUGAAUUCAUCACUGAGAUGAGUUGUGACUGUAGGUCUUCAAAAUGGCCAAAGCACUACAACGUUUUGGCAUGAAAAGAGCAUUAGUUGUGCACUCAGAGGGUUUAGAUGAAAUGAGUCCCCUUGGGCCAGGGCGAGUCCUUGAUGUCACUCUAGAAAAAAUUGAGAAGUUCUCAUUUGAUCCAUUGGAAUUUGGCAUUCCUCGUUGUGCUCUAGAUGGACAGUGGAAUUUGGCAAAGUUUUAGGUUCAAUUUAGAAGAAAUAGAGACUGCAACUCAGUACUUUUCGGAGCCGAAUUUGUUGGGAAGAAGUAACUUUGCUGCUACAUAUAAAGGGUUCCUUAGAGAUGGAUCAGCUGUUGUGAUUAAAAGCAUUAGCAAAACUAGUUGUAAAUCAGAUGAUUCCGAGUUCUUGAAAGGAUCGAAUGUUUUAGCAUCGUUGAAACACGAGAAUGUAGUCCGGUCAAGAGGAUUUUGUUGCUCAAAAGCACGCGGUGGGUGCUUCCUCGUUUAUGAUUUCAUCCCUAACGGAAAUUUGCUACAGUAUCUCGACGUAAAGGAUGGUGACGGCACAGUCCUAGAUUGGUCUACUAGAGUUUCCAUUGUUAAAGGCAUAGCCAAAGGGAUAGCAUACUUGCAUGAAUACAAAGUAAACAAACCGGCUCUCGUUCACCAAAACAUAUCAGCCGAGAAAGUGCUCGUCGACCACCGGUUUAAUCCCCUACUUUCAGAUUCCGGCUUACACAACAUCCUCACCAUUGACAUUGUCUUUGGUUCACUCAAAGCCAGUGCUGCCAUGGGUUAUCUCGCACCCGAAUAUGCCAACACGGGUCGUUUCACCGAGAAGAGCGACGUUUACGCGUUCGGGACACUCGUUCUCCAACUCCUUUCGGGUAAACAAAAGGUGACCAGCUCGGUACGUUUAGGAGCUGAAACUCGUAAGUACCAAGAUUUCAUAGACUCGAACCUUCACGGUCGGUUCUUUGAAGCAUAGGGGUAAAUUAUUAGUUAGUCAUUCAAUUUUUAGAGCAUUUUCAUUUUGGGUGACUAAAAUGAAAUCCUUGCAAUUUUGCUACUUAACUUUUAAGGCGCUUUCAUUUUAGUUAUCAAAGCGUUAAAUCUCUAAUGGCGGUUAACUAUACACGCCACAUCAUGUUUACACUUA